ACAUGAACAUGGAGAAGGGUGGCUGCUACUGAAGAAGAACAGAAACCUCAAACUCUUCAAAUAAUUUCUCCAUUCAUUCAAACAGACAAAAGAGGCUUAAUUUUUUAUUUUGAUAAAAAGCAAGUUGAGCAGAAGCUUGUUUCUGCAACAAUGGCACAUGCUUACAAAACCUGUGGUUCUUCACUGUCUGAAACCGAAUUUGAGAUGGUGAAACACAUCAUCGACAUGCCAGAGCUGGAGGAGCUAAGGUUGUCCGAGUGCAGCAUCUACAAAGUUCCUUACAAUCUCCGAAAGGUGAACGAGGAUGCCUACACUCCCGAGUGGAUCUCAAUUGGCCCAAUUCAUCUCACCAAAAACCAACUCAAGCCAAUGCAAAAACACAAGAAAAGCUACUUCCACUUCUUCUGGGAACGUGUCUCAAACGAACAAGCCAUGAAGAGCUUCAAGCACUACCUCCAAGACAAGGAAGAAAACAUCAGAGAAUGUUAUGCAGACAAAUUCCCUGACAUCACCAGAGAGAAGUUCGUCGACAUGAUGCUGCUCGAUGCAGUGUUCAUCAUGGAACUCUUGCUGAGGAACUGUCACUGGAAAUCUGAGAGAUCCAAGCACGAGCACGAUUACAAGCAGACCAAAUCGUUUAGGGUGAAACACAGUGAUGAUCUCAUCUUGACACAGUCAUGGCUCAGCAAGAGCAUCACAAGGGACUUGAUUUUGUUGGAGAAUCAGAUACCCUUUUUUGUGCUUCAGAGACUCUAUGACACUGUUGUCCCUAGUGACAGCAAGAAGAAUGAACACAAUGCAGGGUUUGUUGAUCUUGCCAUCGAGUACUUUGCGUUCUAUGACACCCAGAUGUCUUCUUCUGAUGAAACCAAACGUGUUCUCGACAAGAACCAGUCAAGGAAAAACUACUUCAGUGGCUCACUCCGAAGUUCCAAGAAACAUUCUAAGUCAAAGAACAAAGAUAGGUGCAACAAGAGCACUAAGCACUUCACUGAUCUGAUAAGGUACUUUUACCUUCCAACAGAUUGGGGUCGCAGUAAUGAUUCUGCACUUCAUGUGCUAAGAACGGCAACAAAGUUGCAAGAAUCAGGAGUGAGCUUUGAGAAGCAUCUGAACAGAAGGUUGCUAGACAUAACCUUUGAGAAGAAGCCAUUUCUGAGUUCCUUUCUCUGCUUUGGUUGCUUGCCAUACUUGAACCACUUCAAGGCACGUUUUAGGAUCCCCCAGUUGAAGGUGGAUCACACAACAGAAUGUGUGCUGAGGAACCUCAUUGCCUUUGAGCAGUGCCACUAUCCUGAUAAGCCUUACAUUUGCAACUACGUCAAUCUCAUCGACUCUCUCAUACACACUCAGCUUGAUGUGGAGUUGCUGGUUGAAAGGGAAGUGAUCGUGCAUGAAUUGGGGAGUGACAAGGAAGUAGCAACCCUUGUCAAUAGUCUGAGCAAACAUGUUGUGACAAACUCAACGUGUUACUUUGAGACCAUCAAUGAACUGAACAAGCAUUACCAGAAUGUUUGGAACCGCACCAUGGCUGCUCUUUGGUUGGUGUACUUCAGAGACCCUUGGAGAGCAAGUUCCACUUUGGUAGGCAUUGCUUUCAUUGUUUUCGCUGUUUUCCAGUUUAUACGUGCUAUUCAUUCUCUGUUUGGGCGAUAAAACACAUCAGAUGUAUGCAGCUUCUUAAAUGUUGUCUGUGCUGUUUCACGGUUCAUCGUAUGAAUGACAUAUACACAUGUUGUUUCACAUUCAACUCUGACACGAGGUGAUGAAAUAAACAGUGUUAAAAUUGGGAAUGUGCAAUGCAACAAACAAUGCAAUGAAUCU